GGUCUGUUCAAGAUUGCAGUUCAGACCAAACUUGGAGUUAUUCUGAAUAUUCAUACUUUUCUUACAUUCUACUAUUCUUACAUUGAAAAUUACAAAUUAAACAAUUUAAUUGCAGAUGGAUCCGCAAAGAAAAAGACAGACCAGAGGAACCCCGACGUUCCGAGCCAGUAAUGUUUUUGCUCUUGGCGUUAUUGCUGUGUCUGCUGCAUUCGCUGUUGCACUGGGAUUUGCAAUAAGACCCCAGAAACUCAUGGAUUUUCUUAACAUUGAUAAGGAGAAAGAGGAAGCCAUGCGGGAAAGAGGACGUUUCAUUGCCUCGAUAGACAUGAUGAAAAAGUCGAAGGAUGACUUUGUGAAGCGCGAAGAGGGCCAACACAGGGAAGGGAAUUUUUAACAUCCGACGUCUCGACAUUCCUGAGAGGCUUCGCCAGCGUUAAAUACUUGAGAACCCAGUGUUUUUUUCACCGCGGGCCGCAUUAUUCGUAAUGCGCGCAAUGCCGUACUAAAUCUAAAAGUUGACUAGAUUUUAGAGAGUAGUAAACAUAGUGUUACCGAUGUGCUGCAACAUUCGCGUUUGAUUUUCGGAAAUCGGAACGUUGGAGAGUGGAGACCCGGGGCGGCCGCCGCCGGAUGGUUCACGAUGUCGUGCGGAUCGACGGAGAGAAGGGAGAGCGACGAGUUCAAGGAACCGCGCGACAAGCGAACAACGCGACACGCGAGACUGCGACGGACCAAGACGGCGUCGAAGAACGCGGCGCGGACGAGAGAGAGCCACGAGCCGAGAGCGAAAAUUCCGACGUCAGAUGGCGCCGGCGAAGCGCCGCAGUCCACGCCGUCGUCCGAUUCGCUGUGUCCGCUCAAGAUCGACGACGAUUCCGUUCCCGCCGGCGAAGAUGCCGACGACGCGCGAUCGUCGGCGGAAACCGUCAGCGGGAAGCAGGACAUAGUCGAGUACCUGCAGAGCUUCAGGCGAGUGAAGCUGACUGCGAGAUGCGGCGAGGACGGAGAAUCGUCGUCCGAUAACCCCGACCGCUCGGCUCCUGCCUCGUCCUCGCGUCAUCGCGCGUUGGACGGCGUCGAUGGUGUGCUUGAAUGGUCGGAUAGAGAUGAGUGCAGUCACGAAGAGCAGCUGGGAUGCGGAGGAAGGUUGGAUAGCUGUGAUAGUGAGAAGCUGAUGCAGUCUGAUGAGGAGUAUGCACGAGCAAUCCAGUACAAAGAUUCGGAAAUGCUUGCACAGACGGACGGCAUCGGGAAAGACGGCUCGUACUUGUGCCAGAUCUGCAACAAAAAUCUCGCCCACCUCAGCUAUGUGAGGAGGGAACAACACAUGAAUAGAUGCCUUGACCAGAGAGAGCAGAAGGAGAGCCAGAGAGAGCUGCUGAGGGGCAAAGUCCCGGACUGUCCGCUCUGUGACCGCAAGCUAAAGACGGAGGCGGCGAGGAAACAGCAUCUGAAGAAGUGCGCACUGUCUAAGAACGUAGCUGUGGUCGACCUCAUCCAGAUCUGCCAGAAACAGACGGCCGACUUCGAAGCGUCGAAAGCCGCGGGAACCCUGCAGGUGGCACCACGAGCCGCGGCGACGAAGUCCAACGCGGCCCUGAGGUGGGCGAAGAAACUUCGGCCGACAAACGCGCUCGAUGAGCAGAUACAGGUGCACACUGCGAUGGCGCUCUCUGUCUCCCUGAUGGAGCAGGACCACCAGCAGCAGCAGCAGCCUGCUAGCUGGGUGGAUAGACAGCCUAGCGACCUCGUGCGCGGAGGCGGAAGGGACGGCGCGAGGAAAGUCAAACAAAGACGCAAGCAGAAGAGAGAGGAAACGGUGCCACUUCUCCUGCAAAGAAGCAGAGAAGAGAAUCUUAGAAUUCUGGAUCAACGAGUAAAAGUACUGGUUUCGCAGUGGGAUGACUACUCGGACACAGAAGCAAGAGAUUUACUGUUUCGUGCCAGCAGACUACCGAGCAAGUACACGUGUACUCGUGGCUCCAUCUGUCUGGAAGAUAACCAGUUGUCUGAAGACGAGAACGUGUGUCCACUGUGGAGACUUUCCCUGUUGCCACACUGCAGUGCUUGGACUCAGAAACAACGUGAUCAGUACUAUGUUCCUUGCCUCAUCCCACCUAUCUCACCAUGCAAGGUUGCGGCUGGCAGCAAACUGAAAGAUGUUUCAAACAUAUAUGGGCGCCGCUUGUCUACCAUGCCAUCAGCUAAGAUGGAACCUGCUGCAACCAAUGUACUAUCAAACGAUGAUGCUGCCGAGUUAUUGGCAAACCUCGCAAGUCAAUCUCAAGCGCCACCUGUUGUAGACAAGACUUUACAUCAGCUAAAUAGCUCUUGUGCCGGAUUUCUCUUUGAGAGCGACGAAGGUGACGUCUCCUCGGUUCCGCGGGAGGCGAAGGUCGACAACAACAUGGCCGCCCGUCUCGCAAGCAUGGUCGGUAACGACGCGGCGAGCGACGUCACCGUUCAAUCGGAGACACGGCGGAUUCCGGCUCACAAGUUCGUGUUUGCGAUGCGAUCGGCAGAGCUCUGGCAGAUGGUGAAAGAUAUAGAUAGCCUCGACUGGAGGGACUACACUAGCGUCACUUGUAUGUGUGUUCUGAAAUUCCUAUACUCUGGCUCUACCCAUGAUGUUGAUCAUAACAAUGCUUCAAAGGUCCUUGAAAUCGCCAACAGGUACGGUCUGCAGUCGCUCGCCGACGCCUGCGGGACUCAGCUGCCGGCGCAAGAUGAACCUCCCGACCUCUCAGCAGGUGGCGCCGGCGACGGAGGUCCAGCGGAGCGGACCGACGACGACGACGACGACGACGACGACCUGUACGCCGACCUGUUCCAAUUCACAUGCACGCAGGGGAUCCGGCGGGGAGAGAGCGCCGGCUCGGCCGUCGACGUCAGUUCCAGCGACGACCCAAGCGGACGCUGCGACAGGGGGCAGCACCGGCGUGGCGCGGAGGAGGUGCGUCUGCGAGAAGGAGCGGGAGCGGAGGAGGGACUGAGCCCGUCGACAAGCGAUGUGUCGUUGCCCACGCCAGACGUUGGUCGGAAUCGACCCUUGUUGCCACGUGCCAGCGAAGGGCCGCUGCUUUCACCGGACUUUGGGAGAAAUCGAUCUGUGAGCGCUCACGCCAGCGAUGGGUCACCACCCUCACUAGAUCCUCGACAGAAUCUAUCUGUGAGUCCACACACCAGCGAUGGUCCACUACCCUCACCAGAUGCUGGGCAAAAUCGCUUUGUGAGCGUACACGCCAGCGAUGGAUCGCUACCUUCACCAGAUGCUAGGCAAAAUCCAUCUGUGAGCCCAUGCAGGAGUGUCAAGCUGGUUUACGCAGAAUAUCUAGACGGCGUGCCGAUCAUGAAUCGAUCGAUGAGCCCAGCGACCAGCGACAGGACGUUGGAGGACAUAUCGGACAGCGUGCUGGACCGAUGCAUGAGCCCAGGGAUCAGCGACGUGCCCCUCCCCUCACCUAACGCUGGCCGAAGUCGCUCUGUGAGCCCACCGACCAGCGACGCACCACUACCCUCGCCGGACCUCAUUCGGAAUCGAUCUGUCGGUCUGUCACGCGAUCGCGAUGCGAUGUUGAGCGGGGAGGACUCUGUGAUGAUCGUGAAUCCUCGAUCCGUGAGCCCAUCGACCAGCGAGGUGUCGCUUCUCUCGCCGGACCCUCGGCCGAAUCCAUCUACGAACCGACACGCCAGUCGCCGCGGUCCCCACAGUCGAGGAUCGUCGGCCGCACGAGAUGCCGUCGGGGACAGAUCUACGAGACUGCGCGCGUGCGUACACUCACCACCCUCGCCAGACGCCGUGGCGGAUCAGUCCGCGAGCCCGGGAGCUGACGACGUCUCAUUACUUUCGCCAGACGCCGCGCCGGAUCGGUCGGUGAGCCCGGCGGCCUGCGAUGCGUCGCCUGCCUCGCCGGAAGUCGUCUGCGUCUACGGAGCGAUCCCGGCCAUCGCCGUGGCGACGCCGCUCGCGUCCGACCUCUGCGCGACCCCCGCGAGCAGCUGUGGCAGUCUUGCAUCGCCGCGCGACCGCCGAGCGAGCCCUGUAUUCGGCGACGGUUCGUCCGCGACGCAGCGCGCGAGUCCUGCACGCACGCGCCACACCACGCCCGACCUCUUUGCAUCGUCGCCCUCUCCUUUCGAUUGCGCCCUGUCUCCCUCAGCCUCCGAUUUUCCUGUGUCUCCCCAUUCUCUCAGUCCCGCGGAGUCUCCCAAUCCCUUUGAGCCCCCCGCAUCGCCCCCUCCUUUCGAGUGUGCCAUGUCACGCCCUCCCUUUGAACCCGCUCCAUCUCCUUCUCCUUUCGAGCGUGCCAUGUCUCUCUCUCCUUUUGAGCCUCCCACCUCUCCUCCCUUCCAUCACGUUACAUCUCCCUCUACCUCCGAUUGCGCUGUGUCUCCCCCUUCUUUUCGGCCCGCUGCAUCUCCCUCUCUUUCCGAUUGCGCUGAAUCUCCCUUCCCCGCCGAGCCCCACACAUCUCCCCCUCCCUUGACCUCCCACGACCCCGGUGGCGGCCCGACGCAGACCCCGAGGCGUGCGGGACCUCUCGUCACCACUGCGUCUCCGCCUCGCCGUGGCUUCGCGCCGCCUCUGGACACGCGCCGCGGUGGACCGACGCUCGCGCGCUCGCCGAUCGACCUCACCGACAGCAGGUCGCCGAGUCCCGGUGGCGGCCCGACGUCAUCGGCGAGUUCGGUCGGCAGCAAGCGGAAGGAGGAGGAGGAGGGGGAGACACACUUGCCUCUCGUGUCGACGCGAUCCACGUUGGAGCCGUUGUCCAGUACUGACUUCAGUAGGGGGAGAUGGAGGAAGAGAGGAGGGGAGAAGGAGGAGGAGGAGGAGGAGGACUCUGACUCCGUCGACCUUCUGACGCCGCCGCCAUGCGACUACGCUGGCAUAGAUGAGGCCUUCGUCUUCGCAGAAGACGGUGCGUCAUUCAGGCAGGAGGAGGAGCAGGAGGAGGAGAAGGAGGAGGAGCCGGUACCUCCCCCGGGUCGAGGUCCUGGUCGUCCUACACAGGGAGAGAAGUGUGGCCAUACAGGAGCCGCUCUCAUAAAGUGCUCUCUGCCCCGGGAUGCUGGGAAAAAGCUGGAGGAGGCGUUUGAGCCUUUUAACACGCCUGCUGCUGCUAGUGCCCGAAGAGAUAGCAUAGCAAGCUACAUAAUGUCUGAUAAAGUGACACCAAAAGCAGAUUACCUGCAGAUGUGCACACCAGAGCUUGAUGUGAGUUUAUUAGUUAGUGUGAGCGGUGCAGUGGUACAGCCGGAGACAAGCGGUGUCAACACAGAGCAACCCUCGAGUAGUCAGUGCAGUAGUGAGGGUGUGUCAACCAGCGAUCAUAAGUCAGACAGUGAUGAACUACCGGAAGAGAGCAUUUUGGUAGGAGUGCCACUAUCUCAAGAGGGGAAGCAAACAGAUGUGGCAGAGAAAGUGAGGCAUUACAUCGUGUCCAACCAGUGUCUGUACGAGAGAGUGCUGAUGUAUGAGACACUGCAGGUCAGUGAGUUGCACCAGGAGUUGAACUCUGCAGGAAUCCGCUGUUCGCAACCUAGGUUACUGGACAUUCUCGACUCCCUCUGUGUCAACUUCACCGUCCAGAGGUCAAACCAGCAGAGAUGUAGGAAAGGCAGAAAACGUGGCAAAGCAAGGAGAUCUCCAAAGUCUUCCCAAAAAUAGAGCUAUUUCUGUGCGCUUUUAUCACGCGUUCAUGCGUGAUGUUUCAGUGUGAUGUUGAUAGGAUGAUGGUUUUUUUUCAGAGCUAUCAUAGGUUAGAUAGAUGUGCUUAGCAAGCUGAUUUGGGUUGCUAUGUGUGGACGUUGUUGUGAGAUUAAUUUUGCCAAAUUUCAGAACAUUAGGUGAAAUUGAUCAUGACUGGUGACUGUUUUUUACGUUAAUGAAUUCGUGUAACUUGUAGUGAUGCAAGAUUCCAGUUCCAUAAGUCAUGUAGCACACACAUUGCCAUCUACUGGUUAAUUGAAAUGUUAUUGUUACGUAAUCUAGGGCUAUCUAUUAUAAUAAAGACCUGCACGGGAAUUAAUCUUUCAUGGUUAGCUAUGAAUAGCUAAUUACAGUAAAAUAUUAUACAUAUCUAUUAAACAGAUAAUGGGAAUAUGCACACACAGGUUCCCUACCAUGCUACAGAGUAAUUUAGUACAGUAGAUACCCUAUGAUUAUUCAAGGGAUUUGUUGGCGUGUGCGCUCUAUAUUAAAAGAAUAUAUAUGUAUGAAGCACA